AUGAAGAGUGCUGUUAUUAAAAAUACACCUGUGAAAAAGCGAAAUUCAGGUAAUGGCUCUUAUAGUAUUCAAAAAAACAAUUCUACUCCAUGGUGGGACAGCGAUUGUGACAGAGAAGUUAGGAAAAGGAAGGUUAGAAAAUUUAAAUCGAGAUGGGUUAAUACUGCUUCAAAACCACCUGAACAGGUGCAACGUUUGGAGCAACAGGCAGUAAACAAGAUCUGUCCGCCAUGGGUACCCACGGCUCCAGCAGACAACAUACAAUCAUCGGUUAAUCAUUUUCUGGACAAUCCAUUUGAUUUUACAGAAUUGUUACGUGCCAUUAGUCAGUGUAAGAGUUCUUCCGCUCCGGGACCUGAUCAGGUUGACAAUAAAAUGUUCCAGCACUUAUCUAGUAGAUGCAAGCUAAAACUUCUGGAAAUUUAUAAUGCCUUAUACAAGGAACAUAUUUAUCCACAAGACUGGAAGAAAUCUUCAAUUUUCUUCAUUCCUAAAUCUAAUGGCAAGCAACUUAGGCCUAUCACACUUUCGUCUUGUGCAUGUAAAUUAAUGGAGAGACUUAUCAACAAUAGACUUCAAUAUUGGUGUGAGUAUAAUAACUUUAUCCCGCAAAUGCAAGCAGGAUUCAGAAGGGGUAGGUCCUGUCAGGAUAAUUUAGGGAUCCUGACUACUAUGGCAGAUAUUGGCCAUCGUACAAAUAAUUAUACCAUGGUAGCUUUAUUGGACAUAAAUAGUGCCUUUGAUAAUGUACAAAGAGACAUUUUAUUGGAAAAACUAAGAGAACUUUAUAUCACGGGUAAUGCUUUUAGUUUCAUUGAGACCUGGUUAUCUGAUAGAAACAUUUUCUUCCAAGGUAGUGAUUUUCUAGAAAAUCAGUAUCAAAACAUGAGGGUGCAUAAGGGGGUACCACAAGGUGGAGUUCUAAGUCCGCUCCUCUUCAGUUUAUACAUCAGUAAUUUAGCAGAUAGCAUACCAGAAGGGGUGAUAAUAACUCUCUUUGCUGAUGAUAUAGCAGUUAUAGCACAGAACAAACAUCUACACAUAGCAAAAUCCCUACUACAAAAUGCAGUCAACAUAAUAAAUUUUAACCUGAAUAAGAUUGGUCUACAGCUCACUGCGGAAAAGACAAGAACAUGGUGGGGAUGUGAUCCUCAAUCUUUGUUAUUGGUUUAUAAGGCUUUAAUAAGAUCAAAAAUGGAAUAUGGCAGUACGUGGUAUUUCCCAACUGAUGUUAGAUCUAGGAAUGUUUUGGAGGGAAUUCAGAUGGAAGCUUUAAGACUGGCGAUGGGUUAUAGAAAAUCCACUCCAACAAAUGUCAUAUUGGCAGAAACUAAGAUACUUAAUUUUAAGGACAGAACCAUAUACCUAGGUUCAAAAUAUAUUUUGAAAUUAUUAACCAAUAGUUCAAAUCCGAUGGUUAAUAUACUUUCGGAUUUUUGUGUGAUUUAUAAAAAUGAAAGUAUUUCUUUCAAUUCCAAGCGAAAUAGAGAUAGGCCUUUAGUGCACAUCAUCAAACUUAUUGAGGAGUAUAUUCCUCUUCUGAACAGACUUCCAAAUCUGGUGACCAAUACAAUGGCAUAUUCUUCACAACUCGUGCAAUGCUCUUUGGAAUCUGUGUUCAUUUCUGAAUCAAGGAAUUCUUUAAACACAAUAGACAUUUUUCAGGAUACAAUACUUAAUAAAUACUCAGGACACAAAACAAUAUUCACUGAUGGAUCUAAGUCGGAUGGAUUUCCAGCUGUAGGUGCAGCGUGUAUCAUUCCAGCAGACAACUUUAUUGCUAGAAUGUCUAUUCCUAAACAGUCCUUGGUGUUCACUGCUGAAUGCAUUGCCCUGGAAAUGGCCUUAUCUUAUGUCUAUAAUCAUCAACAGGGAUCCUAUGUUAUCUGUACAGAUUCACUCAGUCUAGUACAAGCCUUGAUAAGGCCAGGGGUUAAGCCGUUUACAAACAUUCAUUUAAUCAACAUUAAAAACACACUCAGACUAAUUAAGGAGGAAUCACCCGAUGUAGGGAUUACUUUUAUGUGGAUUCCUUCUCAUAAGGGUAUUCCGGGUAAUGAGCUGGCAGACAGUGAGGCUAAGGCUGCAUCUCAUUUGGAAGUUUUGGAUAUUUUUAGUGUCCCAUGCACAGACAUAUUUCCUUUAUUAAAACAAAAAAUAGUGGAAAGGAGUCAAAAUGAGUUGGUAGGUCAAGCCAUAAAGAAAGGAGCCGUAUAUUUUAACAAUUACUUCUCUGGGAUUAAUUCUAAGCCGUGGUUCCAUAAUAAAAAACUCUCUAGACAUAUAACGGUUUGGAUAAAUAGAGCCAGGUCAAAUCAUUUUAAUUUGAAAAUAUCAUUGAAGAAAAUCAAUGUUGUGCAGGAUACGAAGUGUCAAUGUGGGCAUUUCAUAGAAGAUAUUGAUCAUGUCCUGUGGGAUUGUACCGUGUUUCAGCAACAUAGGAAAGAGAUGCUGAAUAGAUUAAAGUGUUAUAUUGUUAGCUAG